GAUUCCACUCAGUUCAAUUAUUGCCGGUGGGUGGAAUGAAACCUCAACUACGCACGGUAGCUUGUUAAUUCCGCAUAAUUCCUCCGUUUUCGCUACGUUACGUGGGUGGUACACACAAACCUGUCGUGACAGUCGGCCGAACCCCGCUCUGAUUGGUAGUGAACAUGUUCGUGGAAACAGUAAAGCGGAAGAUGGCUCGCGGUGACGGAAUUUUGUAUUUUUUGCUGGGAAUUUCAUUAGUAAAUUCAGCCGAGAGGAAUUUCAUUCGGCUACAGGAGGCGAGGUCAAUGCCUCCGUUUACGGGGCAGGACUCGGCACGGAUUGUGGGUGGAACCGCCGCUAGUGUCAACCAAUUCCCUCACCAGGUGGCUCUACUGAGGCGAAAUUCGUUGUUUUGUGGUGGAUCCCUGAUCUCGGACAAAUGGGUUCUCUCAGCGGCACAUUGCGUGUACAGUGGGAAUCAAGUCGUUGAACCCUCAAGCAUCACUGUUCUCGCUGGUACGAUUGACUUAACGCAGGGUGGAGUUCGGCGAAACGUGCAACGUAUCACUCCCCACGAAAGUUAUGGCAACUUCCGCAACGAUAUCGCUCUACUUCAGCUGGAACAAGCGUAUCAGUUGGGUGGUUCCAUCCAAACGAUUUCACUUCACCACUCCGAAGUCCCGGCCGGCAGCUCGAUAACCAUAUCGGGAUGGGGGCGACUUUACGCCAACGGACCGCUGCCGAGUGUGCUCCAGUAUAAUCAAGUUACGGCCAUUUCCAACAGCCAGUGUGUGGGCCAGACGGGUAUCACGGACGGGUUGAUAUGCCUCAAGUCACCUGUCGAUAAUGGGGCUUGUAAUGGCGAUUCCGGGGGGCCGGCAGUAUAUAACAAUCAACUGGUUGGAGUGGCGAACUUUGUCAUCAAUUAUUGUGGAUCCAGCGCUCCAGAUGGCUACGCCAAAGUUUCUCAUUUUGUCAAAUGGAUCGAGAGUAAAAUGAAUUUGUGAAAUAAACAUGCAGCGAUGCGCAGAGUGAA